AUGACUUAUGAGUUAACGGACAGGAAACAAAAGUGUGUUAUUUGUCUAAGCUCUGACACUGAAGGAGAAAAACAGAUGGACUCUAUGUUGGAUCCUGAUUAUAUCAGGACUAGGCCUAGAAGAAGAAACAAUAAUCCUCCCAGGUCAAAUCAAAAUAUGGAGAUUGAGACUGUAUUUCCUGGGGUUGAUGGAAUUUCCAUUGGACGAAAGAGGAGGGCUCCAUGGAAAAGAGCUAAUAAUGGAAACGAAGAGCUGAAAGCGAAACCAAGGAAAAGGAGAAAGCCAGCUUUUCGCCUAAGUAGAUCCAUUACACAAUCAAAAUCUGACGAGAAAACAGUAUUGUCAUUGUUGAUGAACCAGAAUGCAAUCUUUGAAUAUGACAGAGUUCAAUAUUCUGUAGACAAUGGGCCAAGCCUGAAGGAGGGGAUAGCAAGAAGGGAUGGUAUUUGGUGUAGGUGCUGCAAUAAGCUUAUGACAGUUUGGGAAUUUGAGAUUCAUGCUGGAAGCAAUUUGAAGAUGCCAUAUUUUAAUAUCAAAAUGGUUCGAACCUCUAAGUCCCUCCUGAAUCUUCUGGUUGCUCUAUGUGAAAUCGAAGAAGCAGAACGUCGUCAUUUUAAUCAUGUUGGGCCUAUACCUGGUGCAACUGAUGCUAAUGAUGAUGCUUGUCAGAUAUGUGCUGAUGGAGGAGAGCUGAUUUGUUGUGAGAAUUGCCCAUCUACGUUCCACCCAAGCUGCCUGGAAAUGGAGAGUAUUCCCCAAGGGGAUUGGUUAUGCCCUUACUGUGUUUGCAUCUUCUGUGAUGGUGGCAACCGUGAUAUGCUUACAUGUCAACAAUGCCAGAAGAAAUUUCACUGGGAGUGUUUUCUUGAAAGGCAGCCUAUAGAUCUUAAAAUAUAUUGGCUCACCCAAUUUUGUGGACCUAACUGCGAACAGAUUGACUGCAAGCUUCAUAGGCUAAUUGGAGUGAAACAUGAGAUUAAGGAAGGAUUUUCUUGGACAUUGCUCCGGCGUUUGGACCCAUUUGAUGAUAUUGAUGUGCAAACAAGAAUGGAAUGCAACUCCAAGUCUGCAUUAGCAUUGGAGGUGCUGAAUGAAUGUUUUAUGAGUUGCACCGAUCGGCAUACUCGAAUAAAUAUUUUGCAAAGUGUGGUUUACAAUAGAGGAUCAAAUUUGUCAAGAAUGAAUUUUGAAGGCUUCUACACACUAAUUCUAGAGAAGAAAGAUGCCAUUGUCUCAGCUGCAACUAUAAGGAUGCACAAAAAUGACUUGGCUGAGAUGCCUUACAUCGCAACGCGAGAGCGUUACAGGUGUAUGGGGUUGUCGAGAAUGCUAUUUGAUGCCCUUAGAUAUGUGUUUUCCUGCAUUGGGGCUAAGCAUCUGGUCAUCCCAUCUCUCCCGGAGCUUGCCAAUAUGUGGCAGGAGAAAUAUGGGUUUCGCCCCAUCGAUGAUGUGGUGAAGCAAAAGCUUAUGACCUACAACACCCUCAUGUUUCCGGGUACAAUCAGGCUGCAAAUGACCUUUCCAGACACCUCUGCUAGUUCCUCUAGAGCAAUGGACAUCGGUGCGAAUAAGGAGAGCCGCUUAAAGCUGCCCCUUCUAGAUUUGAAUCUCAGUCCUCCUGAAGCUGCAGAUGAUGAACUCGCAGAACCAGUGCCAUAUGGUAAGCAGAUCAAAUCGGAUUAGUCCCAUAGUUUAAACAUUAGUUCAUGCAUGGAAGGUGACUUUAGCUAAAUAAUGAACUUCCGAGCGUCAUGUGCUGAUGCUAUGCUUUGAUAUUCUGGUUAAGCUGGAAACUUUGUUAUUUCUCUCUUUUAAAGGAUGGCAAGUUGAAACUGAAGACACUUUGCUCAUCCUUGGUUAAAUGUCUGUUAUUUUGCUGCUUGUUUCAUAUUCUCAGACUUGAAGAUAGUAUGACUU